AUGGAUCCGGCGCAGUCUCUGGUUUCACAGAAGUCUUCGGACUCGGGCCUGCACAUUCAGUUGCAUCCACUUGUACUUCUCAACAUCUCCGACCACAUCACUCGUCAUGCCGCACGGCAGCAGCGAGACCCGAUCAUUGGGGCUCUGCUAGGUCAACAGAAUGGGCGCGAGAUUACUCUAGAACAUGCAUUUGAGUGCCCUGUUUCGAUUGAAGCCGAUGGAAAGGUCUUACUGCCCGCAUCUUGGUUCGAAGAGCGUGUGAAGCAGUUCAAGGAUGUACAUAAAGAUCCUCCCCUCGAUAUCGUCGGAUGGUGGUCAACCGCACCUCCAUCUGGACCAGAUGCCGCGCACCUUCCUGUUCACCAGCAGCUUCUCCAGGACUAUAACGAGUCAGCAGUUUUCCUGGCCUUCCAUCCCUCAAAGCUCCAAAAUAGACAAGGCGCCAAGCUUCCGUUGACUGUCUACGAAAGCGUCCUGGAAGGCGAAAAUGCCGCAGAUGAAGGCAAAGACAUGCAAAUAGAUGGCGAGGAAAAGAAGAUGAACAUAAGGUUCCGUGAGCUGCCAUAUUCUGUGGAGACCGGCGAGGCGGAGAUGAUCGGUGUCGACACCAUCGCCAAGGGAUCUGGCACUGCUACUCGGACUGAGACCAUCGUUCCUGGAACUGUCGCGAGUGGUUCGAAGCAGAGUGGCGAUAAGGAUAACACGGACGGGGAACAGAGCUCGCAAGUCGUGCUUUCACAGGAGGAGGAAGAGCUGAUUGCGAACCUCAACACCCGCCUGAACGCCAUCCGCACUCUUGAGUCCCGCAUCUCGCUUAUCAAAUCCUAUGUCUCUAGCAUCUCAGCCACUGAAUCAAGUGACUCAAAAGAUGCAUUCUCGCCACAGCUAUCGCACACCAUCCUUCGCAACAUCAACUCUCUCAUUUCCCAUCUUUCAAUCCUUUCACCCCAUGAACAAAGUGCCUUCACCUCAGAAGUCCUCUCCCAAAGCAACGACGUUCUCCUAGUAUCCCUGCUCGGUCAGAUUGGUCAGAACGUCAAGUCCAUGCGCGAACUAGGCCGCAAGUCGCAUAUCAUCCAGAGCGCACGCCACGCUAAUAACACACGCCGAGGCCCCGCUGUUGCGGAGCGGAGGAUGGAUGACGAGUUGUAUGCCCACGCAAUGCCACCUACCGGGGAGAGCACAUAUUCUUAG